AUGGAUCAAACAGCACAUGCUCUGGCGACAGCACACCUGCUGUACGCAAGAGCGAACUCGACGAGCACAACAAAUCCAUCGACGGCCUCUAGGCCUCCGGUAUACAAGGCAAUCGGUAUAUCGUUAGCGAUAGCAUCAGGGGUAUUCAUUGGGGUAUCUUUUGUGCUGAAGAAGAAGGGGUUGCUCAAGGCGAAUGACAAAUACCAGGAGGUAGCGGGUGAAGGAUACGGAUAUCUGAAGAACACGUACUGGUGGACGGGCAUGACAUUGAUGAUUAUUGGGGAAAUCUGCAACUUCGUCGCAUACGCCUUCGUUGAUGCUAUUCUGGUUACGCCAUUGGGAGCCUUGUCGGUGGUUAUUACGACGGUUCUGUCAGCAAUAUUCCUGAACGAACGAUUGAGUAUGGUUGGGAAGGUUGGGUGCUUUCUGUGCAUCAUUGGGUCUGUGGUCAUUGUGAUGAAUGCGCCCUCGGAGUCCUCGGCAGCCAAUAUCCAAGAGAUGCAGCACUUCGUUAUUGCGCCUGGGUUUCUGUCCUACGCAGGAGUGGUCAUUAUUGGUUGCGCAUUCAUUGCGCUUUGGGCUGGGCCAAGGUACGGGAAAAAGACUAUGCUCGUGUAUCUGUCAAUCUGCAGUUUGAUUGGAGGUCUGAGUGUGGUUGCUACUCAAGGUCUUGGUGCUGCCAUCGUUGCUCAGAUUGGAGGCACACCUCAGUUCAACCAGUGGUUUCUCUACGUCCUGUUCGUUUUCGUCAUCACAACGCUUGUGACCGAAAUUAUCUAUCUAAAUAAAGCACUAAAUCUAUUCAACGCGGCGUUGGUCACGCCGACAUACUAUGUUUAUUUUACGAGCUCCACAAUUAUCACGUCUGCAAUCCUUUUCAGAGGUUUCAAAGGAACCGUCACCUCUAUUAUCACCGUCGUCAUGGGAUUCUUCGUUAUCUGUGCUGGAGUCGUCCUCCUCCAGCUCUCCAAAUCCGCCAAAGACGUUCCGGAUACAGCAGUCUUUGCCGGCGAUCUCGACCAACUCCGUACCAUUGCUGAACAAGAACAGCCAGAAUCAGAACCAAAGGCAGAUGCCAUCCGGGGAACAGCAGCCAUUGUUAGACGAUUCUCAACAGCAAGACAAAAGUGGGAAAUAGACGAAGUCAAGAGAUUACGCGCGGAGAAGCUAGCAGAUUUGGAGCCAGUUCAAGAGGGAGAGCAAAUCGAAUGGGAUGGCCUUCGAAGGCGCAGAACAACAUAUGGAACGAACCCAAGCGUACGGUCUCGAGGCAACACUGCUACACCUUUCCCGGCCUUCGAGGCUGCCCACAGCACACCCUACACCCCUCAACAACAUCCACCUCUCGGCAUGUCACAUUUCCCUUCGGACUCAUCAGAAGAUUCCGAUCAUGAUGAGGAGCGUCCGAAUACCGCAGGCCUAGGAUCGUCUUUCUUUGGUAGCAUUCGAACAAGAGCCAGAUCGGUUAUUGAACACAGAGGAUCUCGUGCUGGAAAUCAAGCACAACCUCAAAGUCCAAUGCACCCUGUGCCAUUGACCGAGAUCUCUAUCCCUGCGUAUAAAGCUGAUAAUGAUGGAACUGCUUAUUACGGCCACGAUAUGUCAGGCCCAGACCACUCAUAUGGACAGCCACUUCAAGACCAGAAAACAGAAUACGAGGGUCCUGCUGCGAGACAUAUAACGAUCGUCGAUGACGCAGAUUCGCGACGGACAGGGAGUAGGGGGAGUAGCGUCAACCCAGCGUUAGGACCAACACCACCUCCGCACUCGGCGAGGAGGCAAUUCUCCUUCCAAAACGUGUUCAGGAAAGGUUCUGCAACUCAAGGAACCGAUGAGAACCCGAUGCCUCAGAGUCGAUCCCCAAUGGUCCGAAAAGGAUUAGGGGCGCGAAGAGGCAGUCACGGGGCAGCGGCCAAGGGAGCUACCGAGGAGGAGCGGUUAGGCUUAGUGCAAGGCGAUACAAACACCGGGAGAAACCCCGCACUACCACCCUACGAAGAUGUAGAGGAAGAAGAAUCCUGGAUGGCGGACGACAAACCACCACAGAUGACUGCAAGUCCAGAACGUGAAUCACCC